UGGCCCCACCGCCCCCGUGCAGGGGACUACACGCCCCAGAGCCCCCCGCGGCCGUGCGGCGGCGCGAGGCACUGUGGGACUUGUAGUCCUUCCGCGGGCUCAGCCCCACCCCAAGCAGCGGCCGCCGCCGCCCCCACGCACUACAUCUUCCGUCGGGCAUUGCGGCGCGCCCGCGGGCCGCCGGCGGAGACAUUUGCGAGGCGAGUGUCUCCAAGAUGGCGGCGUGGGGAAGGAGGCGCGCGGGCCCCGGCAGCACCAACAGCGGCGGCGGCCGGGACAGGCAGGCUGCUGUUUCCAGGAGCCUGCUUCCAAGGUGGAGGCAGAGAAAUGGAGCCGCUCUGAGGACUGGAACUUCAGAAGAAAUUGUUCCCUGUGAUGGUGGUGAGGCCCUGGCACAGAUUCCCAGAGAAGCUGUGGCUGCUCCUGGAUCCCUGGAAGUGCCCAAAGCCAGGGUGACCUUGUCCUCCACGGACUGUUACAUUGUGCACGAGAUCUACAACGGGGAGAACGCUCAGGACCAGUUUGAGUACGAGCUGGAGCAGGCGCUGGAGGCGCAGUACAAGUACAUCGUGAUCGAGCCCACGCGCAUCGGGGACGAGACGGCGCGCUGGAUCACCGUGGGGAACUGCCUGCACAAAACGGCCGUGCUGGCAGGCACCACCUGCCUCUUCACCCCCCUGGCACUGCCUGUAGAUUAUUCUCACUACAUCUCCCUGCCUGCUGGAGUGCUGAGCGUGGCUUGCUGCACCCUGUACGGGAUCUCGUGGCAGUUUGAUCCCUGCUGCAAGUACCAGGUGGAGUACGAUGCCUAUAAACUUUCGCGCCUGCCCCUGCAUACGCUCACCUCGUCCACUCCCGUGGUGCUGGUGAGGAAGGACGACCUGCACAGAAAGAGACUGCACAACACGAUAGCACUCGCUGCCCUGGUGUACUGUGUAAAGAAGAUCUAUGAACUCUAUGCUGUAUGACUUCAGCAGGGAAGAGAGAAACCCACAAAGACAAGUGUAUUAAGACUCCCACAGUAACAUUUUGUUUUUCCUCUUUGAGAAGCGGUGGAGACUGGGAAGGAUUUGGUUUGAUAGAGCUGUUAUUUUUCAAAUAACGUAUCACUGGUGCACCAAGGUUUUUCAGCUCUUUGUUACACUUGAGAUGUGGAUGUGUGGUGACUUGAGAUCCGUAUGUUAGGCCAGGGGAGUCCAAUCCAGCAGCAGAAUGUCAGUGAAAGAAAGCAAUAGAAAGAAGGGGUGUGAGAGCUGCUUUCUUUUUUUUUUUUUUUCUUUUUUUUUCCUUUUUUUUUUUUUGGGAAACAUUUAAGUAUAUUGUUUAAUUGUAUUACACAGAACCAGCCAGAAGUUAUCAUUGACCAUUAAAGGAUGAGAAUUUCAAAUGC